AAAUGAGAAAAAAAAACCCUUCUGCUUUGAACUCACAAUGAGCUUCUAGCUAAAACCACUGCUUCCAGCUUAUAACACAAAUGCGCAGGUGCGCAGAGGUACACCGAAGGGGCUUACCUACCGUCAGUAGUUCUAUCGCAACUCGUUUCUGCUUAAUGAUUGUGUUGGUUCCUGAAUGAACCUUUGUCUUAGACGGUGUAAAACCCAGGACAGAAAACUCCAGGUGGUUGGAGUUUUCCUCCAUCCACCACCCACCAAAUAUGUGUCCAUCUGUCUGACUGUCUGUAAGUCUACAUGAAUGCAUAUGUGCAAGUGUGUAAAUAUGUUUGUGUAUAUGCAUGUGCAUGUACGAUGGGGCCCGCUUGAAUGUGUAUAUGAGUGUGUUCGUGUCUGAUUGUUUGCCUGCAUGUAGGUAUGUAUGAACUGAUACUAUGCAAGGUGUGGGGAUGCAUGAUUCUCUCUCUCUCUUUGGCUCAUAAAGAGUUAAUGUGCCUCUGAGCCUCUGAGCCCUUGCUGAGGCUCUGUUGUUCAUCCCUGAGUAAAAGAGCCAGAAGUUUCUCCAUAGUGUAAGUAAUUAAGUCGUAAACCCUGAGAAAAAAAGUCUGAAGAAUAAUUAAUCUUCCUACUCUGUGUACAUCUCCUGUCUUCCCCACACGUUAAAGGUGGACUUUGACAGGCUCACAGUGUUCUAGGUGUGGUCAGGACUGUUAUGAGGAAAAGAGCGCUAGAGCUGGGCUGCCAGCCAAACCUGGGAGGUGGCUGGGGGGGCAACUUGUGUGGUAAAUUCUAACCGUCAGAGACGGGAGACAGAGCACAGUGCAGGUCAAAGGAUCUUGAGGCGCUUGAUUUGCUGUGUUCCUUUGGAGCGGCUCAGUCCUCUCUGGAGCCUAGAUCUAUAGUAGACCCCACCUCCAGGCUUACUGAGCUUAGUAUCAUGAGGCCCAGCACACUACCCCCUAGUACUUGAAGGCCACUUCCUCAUCCACAAAAUGGAAAUAAGACUGCUCAGCUGUUCCCUCUCAGGGUACAGGCGGGGAGGCCCACAGCCUGCAGGAAGAUGACAAGGAGCUUUGCCUCUCCCUUAGAUGAUUAGGCUUGGCUCCUGUCCCGGGGGCCCCACAUGCUCAGAAGCUCAGUCGGGAGUAUUCUGAAGAACUGGGCAAUGGGGCUGAUGCGAGCUGGUGAGGAUCAGAGCCCAGGGGGCUCCUGGCCCCUAGUGUCUCGAUGAAGAAAAUGAAACCUCCUCCAGGAUGGGGGUCUUCACCGCGGAGGGUAGCCCCUACAGACAACACCUUCAGGCUGGUGUCCUGUGUCGUCCUUCUGAACUUCAUGCCCUGCGUCUCUGCCCAGCCUGUGUGCAGAGAGAAGGAGUUCCCUGUGGGCGGCGAGUGCUGCCCCAUGUGCUACCCAGGUUACCACGUGAAGCACCCCUGCAGUGAGCAGACAGGCACGGUGUGUGCCCCCUGUCCCCCACAGACAUACACCGCCCAUGCAAAUGGCCUGAGCAAGUGUCUGCCCUGUGGAGUCUGUGAUCCAGACAUGGGCCUGGUGACCUGGCAGGAGUGCUCCAGCCGGAAUGACACUGUGUGCAGGUGCAGCCCAGGCUAUUUCUGUGAGACCCAGGAGGGGGCCCACUGCUCCACAUGCUUGCCACACACCACCUGCCCUCCCGGACAGAGGCUGCAGAGGAGAGGUACUUACAGCCAGGACACUGUGUGUGCCAGCUGCCCAACAGGGACCUUUUCACCAGGAGGGACACAGGAGGAAUGUCUGUCCUGGACCAAGUGCAAAGCAUGGAUUGAGAAAGAAGCGGAACAUGGGACCAGCAGCACAGAUGCCAUUUGCUCCAUUUCCUGGAGCUUCAUUUUACUCAUCCUUGUGGGACUUGUGAUAGCUGGGCUAGGAAUCCUCAUCAUCAUUUGUAGGCGAAGAAGGCUGCACAACAGCCCAGUGGCCAGGGAGCUGGAGCCUUUCCAGGGGGACAAACAGGAGAACACUGUCAGGUUUCCAGUCACUGAGGUGGGGCUUGCUGUGACUGAGGAGAAGCCAACCUUCAACUGUGAGAAUUCUGGGUGAUGAGACACCUUGGAUGCCCUGGUGGGAAGCUUCCAUAUGCCUCGGGGGCAUGGAAGAUGCCCUGGCCUGCUCUCACGGGCCCCUCCACCCAAAUCCUAAGUGCUGGGAUUAAGACACACAGCACUAUGUCAAACCUCUUAAGUGAUUUUGGGGAUGAAUUUGGGCCCUUAUGAUGUGCGGUGACACCAUUCCCACAUCUUCAGAGCAACUUUCUAAAUUAUUUGCAGUUUUUUUUUUCUACUUGACAUGGGAAAUAAAUAUUUUUGUUACA